GACAUCAUUCAUCAUGAACAGUAUAGCAGAAGAAUGGUUUAGAGUUACUGCUUUGCUACUCAUAGCUCAUGCAGUUUCUACUAUGGUGCUUCCCAAUUCAACUUUAUUUGAGGAAAUGCUGGAAAAAUACAUGGAUGAAGAUGGUGAAUGGUGGAUUGCAAAGCAAAGAGGAAAAAGGGCUAUCACUGACAAUGAUAUGCAAAGUAUCUUGGAUAUUCAUAAUAAAUUACGGGGUCAAGUUUAUCCACAAGCUUCCAAUAUGGAAUACAUGACAUGGGAUGUAGAGUUGGAAAGAUCUGCUCAAUCCUGGGCUGAGACCUGUCUUUGGGAACAUGGACCCACAAGUCUUCUUCCAUCCAUUGGUCAGAAUUUGGGAGCACACUGGGGAAGGUAUAGACCUCUAACUUUUCAUGUCCAAGCAUGGUAUGAUGAAGUGAGAGACUUUAGUUAUCCAUAUCCUCAAGAAUGCAAUCCUUAUUGCCCAUAUAGAUGCUCUGGGCCUGUAUGUACUCAUUAUACUCAGGUGGUAUGGGCAACAAGUAACAGAAUAGGAUGUGCAGUCAACCUGUGUUAUAAUAUGAACGUCUGGGGACAGAUAUGGCCAAAAGCAAUUUACUUAGUGUGCAAUUAUUCACCCAAGGGUAAUUGGUGGGGCCAUGCUCCAUACAAACAUGGUCGCCCAUGUUCUGCAUGUCCUCCAAGUUUUGGGGGAGGCUGUAGAGAAAAUCUUUGUUAUAAAGAAGGUUCAGAAAGGCAUUACUCUCCAGAGAUAGAAACCAAUGAAGUUGAACAGCAUCAGUUACAUGUUCAGAAUACAUUACAAAAUCAAGUACAAUCACAUGAAUCAGCCCGUGAUGACAGUGAAAGAAAUGAAGUCAUAAGCAAACAACAGAUGUCUCAAAUUGUUUCCUGUGAAGUACGGUUAAGGGACCGCUGCAAAGGAACAACAUGUAAUAGGUAUGAAUGUCCUUCUGGGUGUUUGGACAGCAGUGCCAAAGUUGUUGGAAGUGUUUAUUAUGACAUGCAAUCAAGCAUCUGCAGAGCUGCAAUACAUUAUGGUAUCCUAGACAAUGAUGGUGGCUGGGUUGAUGUUACCAGGCUAGGAAGAAGAAAUUACUUCAUAAAGUCCUAUAGAAAUGGAGUCCAGUCAAUUGGGAAAUACCUAUCGGCUAAUUCAUUCACAGUCUCUAAAGUAACAGUACAAGCUAUCACUUGCGAAACUACAGUAGAACAAUUAUGUCCAUUUUAUAAGCCAGCCACCCAUUGCCCAAGGGUCCAUUGUCCUCACAACUGCAUGCAGGCAAAUCCACACUAUGCCCGAGUGAUUGGAACUAUAAUUUAUUCUGAUGUGUCUAGUAUCUGCCGGACAGCAGUCCAUGCUGGAGUAAUUCGCAAUGAAGGCGGCUACGUUGAUAUCAUGCCAGUGGAUAAGAGAAGAAUGUACACUGCUUCAUUUCAAAAUGGCAUUUUUUCAGAAAGUUUGAGGAAUCCUCCAGGAGGCAAAGCAUUCAGAAUAUUUGCAGUGGUUUGAGGACAAGUAAAUGGCAUCUAUAAUAUAAAUUGCAAAAUUUUAAAAGAAGAGA